CAGACAGUAUGGAGCUGACAGCUUCCUCCAUCUCUCUGAUGAUGAAUGUGUUGGUGUUGAUCUUGUGUGCUCACAUCGGCCUUUCACAAACAUCAGAGCGUACUUUCCCUCGUAUUGUUCCAUCCCAACUGCAGUACUUUGAAUACAGCAAUCUCAAAGUGACCUGUGAGGGAUUUUUUAAUGACAUGAUCCAAUGGAGGGUGCUGAGGAAGGAUGAGAAAAAAACCCUAAAAACUUCUUGUAACAAAAAACACUGAUGCUUUUGGAGCGUGCCACAUUGAAAUGGUGUAUCCAGCCGACUCUGGAGAAUACUGGUGUGAGAGUGACGACAAAAGGAGGAGUGAAGGAGUCCUGAUCACAGUCACAGCGGCUGAUGUAAUCCUGGAGAGUCCAGUUGGUCCGGUGAUGGUUGGAGAUAAUGUUACUCUUCGUUGCAUUAAAAACCCAAACCUAAAACCCUCCACAAAGUUUGACUUCUACAAAGAUGGUGUCCGUGUGAACACAAGUUCAACUGGAGAGAUGAUCCUCCACAACAUCUCACUGUCUGAUCAGGGGUUCUAUAAAUGUAACGUAUCUGAAAAGGGGUUCACCAAAGAAAAUCUGCUGCAAGUUAAAGCUGUGCUCCUGGAGCUUCCUGAUCGGCCUGUGCUGGAGGGAGAGAACGUGACUCUGUUCUGUAGAGACAAGAUGGCCGCUUCAAACUACACGACUUUUUUCUACAAAGACGAUGAAAUGAUCGGGAACAGUUCCUCUGGAAAGUUGACUCUGAACAAAGUUUUCAAAACAGACGAAGGAGUUUACAAGUGCCAAACCUCAGAGGACAGAGAGUCGGAGGAGCAGUGGCUGGCUGUGAGAGGUGCAACACGGUCUACAUGGACACUGGUCUCUGGUCUAGCUGCUCUGCCGUUGCUGCUGAUAGUUUUGGUGUUCAUCUAUAAAAAAUGCAAAAGUCAUCGUGGUCCCACCUCCAGACAUCAAGGACCUUCAAGCAAUGAAGAUGAAGCAACGUACAUCAAUUUAACUAAAAGAGUUAAUACCGUGAGUUAA